CACACACCUCGGUUACUGUCGAGGUGCACUUCGAGGAAAACGAUGGAGGAAUGCGAGUUGCAUUGAGUCUGCGCCUAACCGAUGCUCCAGUAGUGCGCGUUUUUAAUGAAAAGGCAAAGAUAGUUUGCGCGCUGACGCAACAGGUGUGCGCCUUCUGUGUGUGUUUAUUCAAAAUUCUUCUUUAACCGAAGCUGUCAUGGAAAAAUCGAAAAACUUCAGAAUUGACGCUCUGCUUGCUGAUGAGACCAACCGCGGUGGCCGGGAGCUCUCACCGGGUCUGGGCAGCGACAGCCCCGGCAGCCCGGUUUCGUGCCGCCGCGCGGAUUCCCCCUCCCCGCGGAGCGCACAACUUCACACCGGAGUAAUCCCCAAACCAAGUGUGCUAAAUCUCCCCCAUCCAGGACUUGCCUCUCUGCCUCAGGGUGCAAUCCCCGGUAUGUACCCCGCUCCGUACCCUCUGACGGCUCUGGGCGGGCAUCCCGCUUUCGCCUACACCGGCUUCACGCAGCUCACGCAGACCUACCCAGACCACCUGAAGGCGGCUGCCAUGACGGGAUCCCUGCCCCUGGAGCACUGGAUCCGUGCCGGCAUCAUGAUACCGCGGAUGCCGGAUUACAGCUCGGGCCCUCAGUCCGGCCUGUUGGGGAAAUGCAGAAGGCCUCGCACCGCUUUCACCAGCCAGCAGCUGCUGGAGCUGGAGAACCAGUUCAAACUCAACAAAUACCUGUCCCGGCCCAAACGCUUCGAGGUGGCCACCUCCCUCAUGCUGACUGAAACACAGGUGAAGAUCUGGUUUCAGAAUCGGAGGAUGAAGUGGAAGCGCAGCCGGAAGGCCAAGGAGCAGGCUUCCACCUCCAACCAGGCUGAAAAAGAGCGGCUACGCAGCGGAGGGAAGACAGCCUCCGACAAAUCCGAUGACGGUAGACGAGGUGUGAAUCCAGACAGCAGAGGGGCAGAUUUUGCCUUGGAGGAUGGAGAGGAGGUAGAGGAUGAGGAAGAAGAGAUGGAGGAAGAAGAGGAGGAACCCCAACAUGGGUUUUCUCUUUCUAUGAGUAACAGGAUCAAAAUGCCUCGGUCCACAGACUUCUUGCAGCACAGCAGUAAGCUGGGCUACGACUCCCACAGCCCGUUCUCCGAUGACGAGCUGGAGGGGGUUCAACUGGGAGGAGGAGAGAGGAAGAUCGGUGCAAGUCUGUGAAACGAUAUCCUGGUUACACGUGCCAGAAGCUUCACUCCACAAAUGUGGUCAAACACGUGUUUACUUGAAAAGAUGAUUUCCAAAUCUGAACAUUUGUCUGGGAGAAAAAGGUCAGGAACUUUUCUGAUGAAACCACUGAUAAAAACACACACUGGCCAAUAACCCACGUUUAAACUCAGCAUGCAGCAACGAAACGAGACUGUUGUCAUGAAUAUCGGCUUUUUUCAACAACGUUGUGUUUGUUCUAUCUGCUGCCAGCCGGAGCUCCGGCUCUCAAACGUUCUUUAAGCAAAGAAUGUGAAUUAAGACAAGUGAUGAUGACGAGUGACAGCAGCAUCAUGAGACUGAGCACUGACACAUCUGAUGGUUUCUGGUAGAAAAUCUGUAGCGUGUUGCCUUUAAUUUGGUGCAUCACUUGUAAAUAUACUUGUUUUUGUGUCCUUCAUAAAGUUUAGGAAUUUGUUCCUGUGGUUUAUAUGGCAAGUGAUGGACUUAAUUUAUUUGAAUGACUGAAAAAAAUAUUAUUCAUGUAUUUAUCUGAAACUUAUUUGUGGUUCAGCUGUGAAAUAAAAAAUGUAAAAGCAACAAAUUAUAACCACACUAAUUUUUAAUAUGCUUCUUACAUGAAAACCAUCAUGAUUUUUCAUGUCACUGAAUGAAUGAACAGUGAACACAUGAACGAGAACACAUAGGCUUGUCCCUAAAGUGAAGCAGACUAAAGAGGAGUCCCUUCCUUGACCUGCACAGCCACAGGGCCCACAUGGAGGUGGAGUCCAGUAUCUUUUGGGCUCCAGGAGGAAACAUCUGCUCAUCAGCUUUUUGUGUCCUGAUAAGAAGAAGAAAUGUGGCCAUGUGGUUGUUGGAAUCUCAAUAAAAGACUUGUUUGUGGAUUUAUUAAUAACGUCGGUUUUACGCCCCCUUUGAGCUGCUUCCUGAUGUUGUAAAGCAAACCAAUGCAUUUUUCAUUUCACAAUUUUAAUUUACAACCAAAGCUCUCAGAUAUUAAUCACUGAGGGGGGGGGGGGGGGUACUGAUAGCCAGAUAAUUAAGCUAAUGAACAGAAAGUCAAGCAAUCAAAAUCCUGAUGGUGACGAGACGCGCAGGGCAGCAGCAGCUGAGCGUUUUAACAGGAUUCUGUGUGUGUGUGUGUGUGUGUGUGUGUGUGUGUGUGUGUGUGUGUGUGUGUGUGUGUGUGUGUGUGUGUGUGUGUGUGUGUGUGUGUGUGUGUGUGUGUGUGUGUGUGUGUGUGUGUGUGUGUGUGUGUGUGUGUGUGUGUGUGUGUGUGUGUGUGUGUGUGUGUGUGUGUGUGUGUGUGUGUGUGUGUGUGUGUGUGUGUGUGUGUGUGUGUGUGUGAGAGAUAUUUU